UGUCCCAACUACACCAACUUCCAGUUUGACACCUCCUUCAUGUACAUGAUUGCUGGACUGUGUGUGUUGAAGUUGUAUCAGAAGAGACACCCAGACAUCAACGCGAGUGCUUACACUGCCUACGCCUGCCUGGCUGCCGUCAUCUUCUUUUCUGUGCUGGGAGUGGUAUUUGGGAAAGGAAACACCGUCUUCUGGAUCGUUUUCUCAGUGAUCCACAUUCUGGCCACUCUCCUCCUGAGCACACAGCUGUACUACAUGGGCCGAUGGAGGCUGGACUCCGGGGUCCUACGCAGGAUGGUGUACAUCAUCUACACAGACUGCAUCAGACAGUGCAGCGGACCCAUGUACAUAGACCGUAUGGUUCUGCUCGUAAUGGGGAACAUAGUCAACUGGUCUCUAGCUGCCUACGGCCUCAUAGAGAGACCUAACGACUUUGCCUCCUACCUUUUGGCCAUCGCCAUCUGCAACCUGCUGCUCUACUUUGCCUUUUACAUCAUUAUGAAGCUGCGGAGCGGUGAGAGAAUCCAGUGUCUGGCGUUAGUGUGUAUUCUGUUCACAGCCGUGGUGUGGGGUUUUGCGCUGUAUUUCUUUUUCCAGGGCCUUAGCACCUGGCAGAAAACUCCAGCAGAAUCUCGUGAGCACAACAGGGACUGCAUCUUGCUUUCAUUCUUUGACGACCACGACAUUUGGCACUUUCUCUCCUCCAUCGCCAUGUUUGGAUCCUUCCUGGUCCUCCUGACCAUGGACGACGACCUUGACACCGUCCAGAGAGACAAGAUCUUCGUCUUCUAGAUGUCAGAUCUUCUGUGAUGAGCUCAUCUGGCCCUCUCUGCCUUAUCGCCCUGGUCUCUCUUCAUUUGCGUCUGUCAUGUCCUAAAAAAAAGCACAUCCAGUAGCGCGUUUUCCCCCAGGCUGUACAGUGGGCGCCUCUCACAGCCAGUCAAGCCAGUCAGGAAAGGGCAGUAGCCCCUCCCUCCACCUGUAUGGACACAAAUGUGCCAGUUAAGAGCUGGGUCGACGUCGAGUGACGCUGAAGUGUUUUGUCUUCUCGCUGCCACCAUCGAUAUAACUGUUGUAAUCAAUGUUUACUUACUGCUGAUGAAGACAGUGUACACACUUGCUAUAAAAAUUAACUUAUUUUAUACUGUCGACAUUAUAUUUCACCUGCAAGUCAACACUGCAUUUUGAAAUCUGUGUGUGUGUGUGUGUGUGUGUGUGUGUGUGUGUGUGUGUGUGUGUGUGUGUGUGUGUGUUGUGUGUGGUGUGUGUGUGUGUGUGUGGUGUGUGUGUGUGUGUGUGUGCGCGCGUGUGCGUGUGUGUGCGUGCGCAUGCGUGUAUUGUGAGAACAUGAAUUCUGUCAAGUCUGUCAGUGGCCUUUAACGUUCUAAUCAUGUAAAUCGCAUACUGUGCUCUGAUUGGUCAGAUCUUCUAACCGUCCUUCUCAUAGGAGAAUAAUGAUUGUAUUACUGACUGCCCUCAAGUCUGAAUGCGAAAGGAUUUUUUUUUUGUACUGUACAAAAACUGAUUUUAAUGUCAAACAUGCAAUGAGCGGUUACUGAAUAAAAAGGUCUCAUUUUCAAAUAAC